AUGGCGGACUUAGAAUAUCAGACUACCAAAAACCUGUCCGACAAAGGCUGGGCUAACCUAUUUGGCGCCCAAUGCGCUCUGGCAGACGUCAUCGCUCGUUUCGCACUGGCCGUCACGCAAACUGAGCCCUCGGCCUGGACUACCGGCCUCGUCGAACUGAGGCUUGAGUUGCUGGAUGGCUACUGGAGCGACUUUCAGGCCAAUCAUCUGAGGCUUAUCGAGGCGCCUCCUCCCGAGAAGCAGGAGUCACUAACCCAAAUGUACUCAACAUCGGAGGAUGAGUACAUAGAGUCACGCGCCCACCUCUACAACGCGAGGAGCACCCUCGCACCACCCCCUGGCAACAGUGGAGCAGGCCCCGGGCGCGCUACAUCAAGUUGUGGAACCCGCCUGCCCCGAAUCAGCAUUCCCGCCUUCUCCGGGAAAAGAGAAGACUGGGAGAGCUUCCGGGAUCUCUUUCGAGCGCUAGUGCAUGACGAUCAACAGCUAACCAAUGUCGAGCGACUGUUUAACUUAAAGUCUCUCGUGGAGGGAGAUGCCAAAACAGCCCUCGACGCAAUCCAGAUCGUUGGCGCCAACUACUCGACGGCUUGGGCCGCGCUCAAGGCACGGUUUGAACACCGCCGUCUCCUAGUACACGACCAUUUAACGGCACUACGGAACAUCAGGCCUUUAAGGGACGAGUCGGCUAGAGGUCUGCGGAGCUUUCUUGAUACGCUGGGUCGCCACCGGGAUCAGUUGCAAGCAUUGGGCCGUCCUGUCCUCCAGUGGGAUGACUGGCUGAUCUCUUGUGCCAUGACCGGCAUGGACCCAACUGCCCGGCGUGCCUGGGAGGACGAGCUCAUGCUGCUCGAGGGCGCCGACACAAGGGCUGGGAGUGAGACUGCGACUUUCGCCGCCAUGACGAACUUCCUUCACCGACAGUGCCGCGCUCUCAGCUCCAUUGAGGCAUCUCGCCCAGCACGGCCAGCGAGCACGCCCAGCAUCCGUCCGCCAGCUUCAACAUCUUCUAGGCGGCACUAUCGCUCCCUCACAACCAGCGCAGCUCUGCCUCCGUGUCCGUCCUGCAGCGAAACCCGAUACCUGGGGCACUGCGCUCGAUUCCAAGGCCUCGACGCGCACGCUCAGCGAGACCUGGUCUACCAAGCCCGACUAUGUUUUAAUUGCCUCCAAACGGGCCACCUGUUGAAGUUCUGCCCCUCCCGAUCUGUUUGUCAGCACUGCCGAGAACAGCACCACAGCCUGCUUCACGACAGCAGCGGUCGACGGCCAUCGGACCCAUCUGACGGUCUGCCAUCACCAAAACGGCUGAAGGCCGACCCCGUCGGUGCAACCCGUGCCGACGACCUAAGCCCGUCACCCUCUUCCUGA